AUGAAUUUCUCUGCCACGUGGAUACCUAGCUAGUAAAGUCGCGAGAAAAGUACAUGUUAAAGAGCUAGAGAUAUAUAUGGAAGUGCUGAGAGAGGUCAAGAAGGUCCUGUCACGUCUUUCGUCCACAGAGAGUCAGCUAGAGAAUGCAGCACAACGCCUGGCUAUGCUCCUGUGCAGCAGCUCCUCCACCAACGACACUUUAUCACAGCUACAAGAACAAGCAUUUCAAAUGUCUCUUGUGAAGGCAUUACUGGGGAUUGUGGGCUCCUCUGAUAGCCCAAGUCUUUUGGCAGAGUGUGUGCGGUGUCUGGCUCUACUGGUGCAUGGCAAUGAUGAAGCUCGAGCAUGGCUAGGAGAGUUCGGAGCAGUGUCACUACUCAUUGAUCUUCUGUCCCCUCGUUCUCUUCGAGGAUCUGAGAAACGCUGGCAUCAUGAGUGGGUACCGGUGUAUGCACAAGUUUUAAUAGCUCUUCGUAAGCUCACCUACCUUAACGAAGACAACCAGCAGAAGUUGGCAGUGAUUGGAGGAAUCAAGCUGAUUCUAUCUAUAGUGAAAGAUGAGAACAUACUCACUAACUUUAAAGAGUUUCCAGUAAAAGCUAAAUCAGACUUGGAGUCACUUGUCCUCGAACAGACGCUAGUCAGUCGGGUACAGCCAGCUACUGAUGCUCAAAAACUGUCAAUAACGAGUUACUUCAGUGCCUUCAGUCACAAAGACUCCAUCUCAGCCUCUUACUACCCCGUCUUCAAUAUCGUCCCUCUUGACUCACAGAACAAUCCAAUAUCUAACACCCUCCUUGACAAAGGAGUGGUUUGGCGUCAUCCUUUCCUCUCUCCCCCGGAGACCAAGCUCACUCGUGUGCGAGUCACAUGUGUGGAGGAUGGUGGUCAUCUUUGGUGCCAGUUUCUAUCUAAGAAGCAGAAAGAGGUCUCAACUAUCAUCAGUGACACCCUCACUGCAAUACCUCCUCCGACUCAAGACCUGCCCUCACACCCCCUCCUCCUCACCCCUGGAGAUGUGUACGUAGCGUAUGUCGACCCUGGACAGUGGAUCCGGGCCAGACUGCUCUCAUUGGAGGCUCCAAAUGACAAGGCGUCGACCAAUGCAACAGUGCUGUCUGUCGACUACGGCUAUUCCGUUACUAUCCCAACCAAUUACCUGCAGGGACUUCCUUCUAAGUGUAGGGGAAUUCCCCCACAGGCCAUCCCAUGCAAGAUAUUAGGAGUGCGGCCCCCUCCUGCUAGUCUGGUGAUGCUGGAGAAUGCUGCAGCUGUUCUGAGGAAUGUAGCAUUUGAAAUGCUCGUCUUCCGGAAGGAAAUAAUGAACUUUCAAGGAAUAGAAACCUUGCUUAAGAUGGUACGAUACCCCCACAAACCUACUGUAAUUCAAGCACUGGGAGCACUGCUCAACAUGUCAGUAUCUGCUGAGCUGAGGGAGGCAAUGGGGCGACGAGGAGCAGUAAAGACACUUCUAGAAAUGUGCAGCGAGGUCAACGAAUGUGAUGCUGAGAUACUGCAGCAAGUGAUUUGCUGUUUGUACAAUGUUGUGCUCGAUUGUGCCAGUAAUGUGUUGUUGCUCCUGGAGACAGGAGGAGGGCGUGUGCUGGCCGACCUACUUUCAAAACAGCUCCCACACAAAGUCAGCCAAUGCUUGAUCAAGCUUGUUCAAACACUGCCCUCCAGCAAGAGUGGUACGGUUGCUAAUGGCAUGCCCUCACACUGGACAGCACGACAAGAUUCUGCUCGUGAAAUGAAGAGCCGUUUGAAUGGAAACAAGACUCACUCACGUGCUGUGUGUCAGGUUCUGGACUCAGACGAGGGCAGUGAUUUUGAGGAGGCGGACUCUGAACCUUGUGUGGAGGGUGGGCAAAGUGAUGAUUCGAAGGUGUACUCUGUGAACAAGCCAUUACCUGCGUGUCCUGAGGAGAGCAGUACUCGGUCAUUUGUCAGCGUGGACUCUAUAGACGACAUCACCAUUUCACUCCUGCGUCGCACUGUGUGUGCAUUUGUCAACACUGGCAAAGAAUGCACCGUCCACAUCGGAGUGGAGAGAGGGGGAACAGUCAGAGGGGUCAAGGUGCAGAGAAAACAGAGAGAUCUUUUGUCGAUUGCUAUUGACCAGCUGAUGUCAAACUUCACUCCUGGGAUCUACCAUAGUCAAUACAGCGUUCAGUUUGUGCCUGUCGUCAGCGCAGGGCAAAGGAGGGGCCUGGAUGAUGUGUUUGUGUUGGAGUUGACAGUAAAGAAGUCAGCAUAUCACCAGGUCUACACUAUGAAGGAGAAGAACGAACAUGGUGACUCUGUAGACAGGUGCUACUAUCGUUUUGGCCCAUUCAACGAGACGCUCUCAUGCCAGGAGCUGAGGGACACAGUCGCCAGACAAGAGGCAGACAGAUUCAAGGCAGAGUUGGAGGCUCUCGAUAGAAACAUCCUAAGACUUAAAACUGCUGUCAAAGCACAUGAUCAGUAGAGAAUACACCAUGUUAUGUCAUGUAUAUAGCUCGUUCAGUGUCAAUUGUCAAUGAACAGGUAUUUAUCACAUUGAUGCAUCAUUUAUUCAUCAUUCCAAGUUUGUUUAUAUACAACUGUUUCACAUUUCAAUGUUUUAUAAAAUUCAAA